AUGCGCUUCACUGCCCUCUUUGCCGUCAUGGCCGCCAGCGCCGCCGCUGCGCAGGAGUACGAGGUCCCCGGCGAGGAGACCACCACUCUCACCGCUACCACCACCCACACCAUCACCAUCACCGAGUGCGCUCCCGACUACGCCGACUGCCCCCUCAACAAGCCCACCACCACCACCGUUGUUGAGGUCCCUCCCACCACGUCGGAGGUCAUCAUCCCCACGUCUGAGCCCGUCUACGAGACUCCUAUCAUCGAGACCCCUUCGCUGUCUCCCGUCCCUCCUCCUGUCGAGCCUCCCGUCGAGACCUCGUCGUCUAUCCCCCACUACCCCGUCUCCAACUCGACGACUCACGCCGGCCCCACCGCUCCUCACACCACUCUCCUCCCCGUUUCUUCCACCGUUUCGGGCAACCUUCCCAUCGUCACCGAGACCGAGGUCGUUCCCGUCCCCACCACUCCCGGUGCUGCCGAGACCUCCGAGAUCCCUCAGGCCGCCGCCGCCGGUGUCUUUGUCCAGGGCGGCCUUCUCGCCAGCAUGGUCGCUCUUGGUCUUCUUGGCCUCUUCUAG